AUGAAGCUUAAAGAUGAAUUUCCGAGACUGUUGAGUUUGUCUACUGAAAAGGAGGUCUCCCUGGAAUGUGUUGUACAGAGAAAGGAGGGUGUAGGGGGCUGGCAUUUAAAUUUCAGAAGGUCUCUAAGGUCAUGGGAAGAAGUUGAGGUUGUUAGAUUAUAUACGUUGCUUGCUGAGGUACCACCUCUGAGACCAACCAUCCCAGACUCUCUUAGGUGGCUGAGGUCUUCUUCUGGGAAGUUCACAGUUGCUGCAGUAAGAAAGUGGUUGGCUGCUCAUCAUGGGCCGAAGUUGAUGAUCCCUACACUUCUAUGGGGUAAUGUGGCCCCUCCCAAAGUUCAAUUUCUGGGCUGGUUGAUCUGGAAGGGUCGAGUUAAAACCACUGAUUUUUUGCAAAGGAUUGGUGUUCUUAACAGCAGUGUAAGUAAUGUUUGCCCUUUUUGCAAAGCUGAACCUGAAUCUUUGAACCAUAUAUUUCUGAUGUGCAGGGGCAUUUGGGAGUCUUGGACUGAAUUGUUAAAUUGGUGGGAUGUGAAAUGGGUAUUACCUACUGCAGUAGUAGAUUUGCUCCAUUGGUGGAUGGGUUUUAAAGGUAAAAAGAUUAUUAUGAACAUUUGGAAUUUAGUACCAAUGGCUAUGUUCUGGUAUAUUUGGAAGAUAAGGAAUGAUUGUAUUUUCAAUGGGGGUCAGCCUAACCUAAAGGAGCUGAGUGAAUCUGUCAAGUGGAGAGUGGCUCUAUGGGCCAAAUCCAAUCUUCCAGCCUUAGUCACUAGUUCUAUUUGCUCUGCUGCUGGAAUCUGA